UUCUGAGCUUCAGAUGCAAACGAGUGGGUGUCUCACAGAGAAGCAAAGAAAAGAGAACAGGAGAGAGGUGUUUCCCUUGACUGUGGAAACUUUAUACAGAAAACUUACCUUCUCUGGAGCAGUCCGCGUCAGAGUCCUGUCCUUGACACUUGUGUCUCCACAAGACCAAGAGAAGAAAAACCCUUUCCUGGGGCUGGGUGCCAUGCAGCAGCCCAUGAAUUACCCAUGUCCCCAGAUUUACUGGGUAGACAGCAGUGCCACUUCGUCGUGGGCUCCUCCAGGGUCAGUUUUUCCCUGUCCAUCUUCUGGGCCUAGAGGGCCGGACCAAAGGAGACCGCCACCACCUCCACCACCACCUGCAUCACCACUACCUCCGCUGUCACAGCCACCCCUACUGCCACCACUGAUCCCUUUAAAGAAGAAGGACCACAACACAAAUCUGUGGCUACUGGUGAUAUUUUUCAUGGUUCUGGUGGCUCUGGUUGGAAUGGGGUUAGGAAUGUAUCAGCUCUUCCACCUGCAGAAGGAACUGGCAGAACUCCGUGAGUUCACCAACCCAAGCCUUAAAGUAUCAUCUUUUGAAAAGCAAAUAGCCAACCCCAGUGCACCCUCUGAAAAAAAAGAGCCAAGGAGUGUGGCCCAUUUAACAGGGAACCCCCACUCAAGGUCCAUCACUCUGGAAUGGGAAGAUACAUACGGAACUGCUCUGAUCUCUGGAGUGAAGUAUAAGAAAGGCGGCCUAGUGAUCAACGAAGCGGGGUUGUACUUUGUAUAUUCCAAAGUAUACUUCCGGGGUCAGUCUUGCAACAACCAGCCCCUAAAACACAAGGUCUAUAUGAAGAACUCUAAGUAUCCUGGGGAUCUGGUGCUAAUGGAGGAGAAGAAGUUGAACUACUGCACUACUGGACAGAUAUGGGCCCACAGCAGCUACCUGGGGGCAGUAUUUAAUCUUACCAGUGCUGACCAUUUAUAUGUCAACAUAUCUCAACUCUCUCUGAUCAAUUUUGAGGAAUCUAAGACAUUUUUUGGCUUGUAUAAGCUUUAAAAGAAAAAGCAUUUUAAAAAUGAUCUGUUAUUCUUUAUCAUGGGCACCAGGAAUAUUGUCUUGAAUUAGAGUCUUAAGACCAAUUGAGAUUAAUUAAGACUAUAUGAGCCACAAAGACCUCAUGACCGCAAGGUCCAACAGGUCAGCUAUCCUUCAUUUUCUCGAGGUCCGUGGAGUGGUCCUUAAUGCCUGCAUCAUGAGCCAGAUGGAAGGAGGACUGUGACUGAGGAACAUGAAGCUCUGGGCUGCUAUGUGACAAUGCAGAGGCACAGAGAAGGAACUGUCUGAUGUUAAAUGGCCAAGAGUACUUUAGCCAUUGAAAAAGACACCUGUACACUCACUUCCAGGGUGGGUCUACGUACUACCUCACAGGAGGCUGUCUUUGAGACACAUAGUUGUGGUAUGAAUGUACAAGGAGGGUAAGAAAGGAGUCUCAUUUGACUGAUAAGCUAGAGACUGAGAAAAGCCAGUGUCCCAUUGGCACCAUCUUUACUGUACCUAAUGUUUUCUGAGCCCACCUCAGAUGCUUACAGAGAAUAAGAGGGAUGCUUGAGGCACAAAUCAUUCUCUACAUAGCAUGCAUACCUCCAGUGCAAUGAUGUCUGUGUGUUUGUAUGUAUGAGAGCAAACAGAUUCUAAAGAGUCAUAUAAAUACAACAUGUACAUUAUGGAGUACAUAUUAGAAACAUGUGUUACAUUUGAUGCUAGAUAUCUGAAUGUUCCUUGGCAAUAAACUCUAAUAGUCUUCAGAAUCUUUUAUUAUCAGCUACUGAUGCUGUUUUCCUUUAAUACAACUAGUAUUUAUGUUCUGUACAUCCUAAUGAAGAAAAGACAAAUAAAAUUAUGUUAUAGAAUACAGAAAUGCAUUAAGGACAUAGACUUUGGAAA